ACUUCACUCUUUCAUCGACUGUCUGGAGAGCAACACGCGACCUCACUUUGUGCCUCCAAUCCGCCAAUCAGUCAAUCAGUCAAGCGCUAAUGUGAGUGUGAUCGCCACGAGACCCUCUAAUGAGCCGCCAAGUCAAUUAGCCAAGAGAUAAUUGUGUGCCGCUGCUAAUAGACUGUUGAUCGGGCCAUUGCGUUGGGUUGUAAAUUCGCCCUUUUGGAAGUUGAGGUCGUUUUUCGGUGAGAGUGAAAAGGAGACUUACCAAGAGGACUUCAGAACCUGGCUAAGUCCAUAAACCCGCUGCCUUGUGUCACAGCUCAGCAGGUUGGUUCACUUCAGCAUUUGUGCAGAUGAGUGCGCGGGGCGGAGUGCUGACGCUGGCGGCCACGCUGACGGUGAUUUUGGUGGUGCUGCAGGCGGCUGAGGCCAAGCUCCCCCCCGUCAUGUGCCUGCUCGAGCGACUGAUCCAGCUGGAGGGUCGGGACCAGCUGAGGUACAUCACGUGCAACCGAGUGCCGGCGCUGGGAGUGUACCACCUCAUACCCCUGACCAGACUGUGUGACGAGGACCGGGAGAAGAUGCCCAAUGUGGAGGAGAAUGCCCAGGAGCUUUAUGACAAGUGCUGCCGCCUCCCUCGCCCCGUCCAAUGCACCGACGACGAGUGGCGAAUCGUGGCCAGAGUUCGCUAUAGAACAGUCUUCUGCACGUACCGCCCCGACCACUGCAUACGCUGAACACCUUCCCCGCACACCUAACAGCCUCUCCCUCUCCCCUUGAGCUGGUUAUAGUGAGCCUGCGAGGGAGGGAUCUAGCGGCCGCCCAGUGCUAAGGUUGGCCCAGUAGAUUUGUGGGUCGUAGAGAUUUGUUGAGUGUGUUGUAUGUAGUGAGGAAAGGAAAGGUUAUUGUUGAAUGGUGUGUUGAUAUCAAGGGUUUUGUUUUGUCUUGAUUUGGUAAUGUGACUUUUUCUUAUCGAUGUUUUCUCUUAGUUAACUUUCUUUAAUUCAUCUCUUCUACGUUUUUUUUUCAACGUUUUUCUUCUUUUUUAUUUUCGUUUCCCUUCUCUUCCUUCACCAUCCUUUGUCUUUCCUCCCCAUCCCUCUCCUUCCCUUCCUUUCCCUUCCCUUCCCUUCCCUUCCCAACUCUCCUCAUCACAUCGCUGCCUUAAACGUCUCUCUCACUCCCUUCCUUUCCCUACCCAUCCCUUCCCAACCCAUCCUAUUCCUUCCCAUCUCUUCCCAUUCCAUCCAAUUCCUCCCCAUCCUAUCCUUACUCUCCCCUUUCCUACACUUCUCUUCCCUUUCCAACGCUUUCCUUCCUUUCUCUUCCCUUUUCUCCCCUUCCCAAUCCUUCUCAUUCAUUCCCUACCUUUGCCAACCCUUCCAUUCCCUUCCCUUCCCAUCCCAUUUCAUCCCUGUCCUUCCCUUCCCUUCCCUUCCCAUCCCAUCCCAUCCCAUCCCAUCCAAUUCCUCCCAAUCCUAUCCCUACGCUUCCCUUUCAAUCCCUUCCCAUCCCUCCCCAUCCCUCUCCUUCCCUUCCCAUCCCAUCCCUCUCCUUCCCUUCCCAUCCCAUCACUCCCCUUCCUUUCACAUCCCUUCCCUUCCCUUUCCUUCCCUUCCCUUAAUCCGUCCACAGCACAGCACCGUUCCUCCCUUCACAAAAAUGCUGAGAGGCUGCGGGAAGGCUGUGUGUGCAUCCUCAGGUUAUGUGUGUGUGUGUGUGUGUGUGUGUGUGUGUGUGUGUGUGUGUGUGUGUGUGUGUGUGUGUGUGUGUGUUAAUUAUAGCUUCCAUAGCAAUAUUAAUAUGUACCUUAUUAGUGUAGGCUGUCACAUUAGUCCAUACUGUGAUUUACCUGUCGAGGCAGAAGUGUGUGAAGGCCAAUUAUUAUGAGGCAGGUAACCCACGUAUUGAAAGGACCUCUUGUGGAAUGGUAUUAGUAUUGUUAUUAUAAGUAGUUGUAGUAGUAGUAGUAGUAGUAGUAGUAGUAGUAGUAGUAGUAGUAGUAGUAGUAGUAGUAGUAGUAAUAAGAAGAGGAGGAGGAGAAGUAUUGGGUAUUAUUAUUAUUAUUAUUAUUAUUAUUAUUAUUAUUAUUAUUAUUAUUGUUAUUAUUGGUACUUCAUUUUCUAUUUCUUUCUUUA